ACAGCAUACCUUUUGCAUUAUUUGCAGAUGGCGUCCUGUUUCCGGUUUGAACCGAAUAACGCCUGAUCGGGUUCUUAUUGCAUUAUCAACUGAGAGAUAAGAUUCGGGACAUGAGCUUUGCGGUUAAAUGUGAAUCGAGUGAGGCACUCAAAGUCGGCUGCCUGUUGCAAGUACGCAUGCGGGAGACCAAAGAAUGGCAACUGGCGGAUAUUAUUAGCAUUCGGGAGUUAAAGGGGAAACGUCAGUUCUAUGUGCACUACGUGAACGUUAACCGCCGGCUGGAUGAAUGGGUCGACGAUGAUGAUCUCGAUUUGAGCAGUGUGCAAUUUUCGAUGGACAAUAAAAAACGAGAGCAGGACGAACCGGAUGCCGAAGAGAUGAAGAAUGUGAAAAUGAUUGAGUUGGGUCGCCAUCGCAUCAAACCCUGGUACUUCUCCCCAUAUCCCGAGCAGUUGUGCAAAAUGGAUUGCAUCUACUUGUGCGAGUUCUGUCUCAAGUAUUGCCCAAGCCAAUUCUGUCUUGGACGGCACCUGAAGAAAUGCAAUUUGCGGCAUCCACCUGGCAAUGAGAUCUAUCGCAAAGACACUAUAUCCUUUUUCGAGUUUGACGGAAGUCGUGACGAGCUGUAUGCACGGAAAUUAUGCCUGUUAACCAAGUUGUUUCUGGACCACAAAUCGGUUGAUGUGAAAUUGAGUCGAUUUUUGUUCUAUGUGAUGACUGAGAGCGAUUCACGUGGCUUUCACAUUGUCGGCUACUUUUCCAAGGAGAAGCACAGUGACAAUGACUACAAUUUGUCCUGCAUCUUGACAUUGCCACCCUAUCAGCGCAAAGGCUAUGGCAAGCUACUUAUUGAUUUCAGUUACCAACUCUCUAAAAUCGAGGGCAAAACGGGCUGUCCAGAAAAGCCGCUCUCCGAUUUGGGUUUGCUAUCGUAUCGUUCGUAUUGGUCGGAGACCAUACUCGAGUUGCUGAUCGGCACGAGCAGCAAUAAGAAUGGCGAGAGGCCCUCUGUGUCCAUCAAUGAUAUAUCGGAGCGGACGUCAAUUCGAAAGGAGGAUGUUACCUUUGCAAUGGAUUCGCUUAAGAUCAUCAACUACCUGAACGGUAAUAAUAGGCUGUGCAUCAACGCGGACACCAUCGCCAAGCAUCGCGUUGCGAUGGAGAAACGCAAAAUACGCAUCGACCCCAAAUGCUUGAAAUGGACGCCCAAAAAGUUGACCAACCGUAAAUAACAAUUCACUAAAGACCUUUUUCGAAUCACAUUUUGCACUUGCAAAUGAUAUUAAGAAACCAUUUCAGUAUUUUAUGUUUUUGUUUUUCUUUUGAUAAAUCAAAAUAAGAUUAUGCCAGAUGACGUAGUCAGAUGGUAACUUAUCAGUAAUAAUUACAUAUGUGCAUACAUAUAUAA